ACGCAAUGUCGUCUCCACUGCUGAACGCUCAAUGCGCAGCGCAAAGCGUGGGGACUUUCAACACUAUGGUGAACGCGCUUCUGCAAACUCUCGUCGCCGCACAUUGUGCCAUUUCCCCACCCGAGUUGUGGCCACCAGAUUAUGCCAAUCAAGCGCUGAAGAAUGGUUUAGAAACUUAUGACUUUGUGGUGGUGGGAGCUGGGUCAGCGGGUUCGGUGAUAGCAAGCCGUUUAAGCGAAAAUCCAAAUUGGAAAGUUCUCGUGCUAGAAGCCGGCGGAGAUCCACCGCAGGAAUCUGAGAUACCUAACCUCUUUUUCGCUUUGCCACACACAAACGCCACUUGGAAUUAUUUGACUGAGUCUAGCGAUAAGGCCUGUUUGGGGCUCGUCGAUCGUCGCUGCUAUUUGCCGGGUGGUAGAAUGAUAGGUGGUUCUGGUGGUAUUAAUGCUAUGAACUAUGUGCGCGGUAAUCGCAGGGACUACGAUAACUGGGCCUACGAGGGUAAUACAGAUUGGGGUUGGGACGAUGUGUUACCAUAUUUCGAACGCUCUGUACGACCAGUUGGUAAUGAUACGCAUCCACAAGGGUAUGUGACACUCAAUGCAUUUCCAGUCAAUGACGUGGAUGUAGAAAAUAUGAUCUAUGGCGGCACCAACGAAUUGGGCAUACCACGUGUUCGCGAGUUCACGGUAGGCAGGGAACUGGGAUUUUCCAAUGCACCAGGCACAAUUCAGAAUGGCCAUCGCAAUAGCACUGGCAAGAGUUAUCUUGCUAAGGUGGCUCAACGACCAAACUUGCGUGUGAUCAAAAAUGCCGUUGUGACGAAAUUGAACUUCGAUGAGACGGGCAAAUAUGUAAUUUCCGUGAAUUUUGUGUUGCAAGACAAAUACGAAAUGAAAGUGAGCAUUGACAAGGAACUCGUGCUGUCGGCUGGCGCAAUUGAAUCACCAAAGCUCUUGAUGUUGUCUGGUGUGGGUCCAGCGGAUCAUUUAAGGAAACUAAGAAUUUCUGUUAUUCACGACUUGCCUAUCGGCGCUAAUCUGAACGACCAUGUGCAGGUUAUGCUAUUCAUGAAGUUCAACGAGCAUAUCGCACGACCAGUUAUGACCGUCGAUAACCUGGAUAGCACUUACAACUACCUCAUUCACCAAAACGGAUCGUUGGCUUCUCAAGGCACUGCUUCCUUAACGGGAUUCAUUAAUACUCUCAAGAAUGGGCCAUACCCGGAUGUUCAAUUUCAUCAUUCAAUUUUGCGACGAGGUGAUUUUUCAGGCUUAGACACCUACUUUACUAGCCUUAAUAUCAACCAGGACUUAAAAGCUCAGAUACGCAAAGUACUCGAAACUGCGGACCUUUUGGUUGUAUCCAAUAUGGUUACUAACCCAAAAUCAACGGGAAAUAUACGUCUGCGAAGCGCUGAUUACAGAGAACCUCCAAAAUUAACACCCAACUACUUAAGCGAUCCCGAAGAUGAGGCGACUCUCUUGCGCGCAAUUCGCUUCCAGGAGCAACUGCUUAACACUGCAGCCUAUAAAGCAAUGAAGGCCACUCUAAUAUUGCCCAUAAUUGGCGAAUGCAACGGUUAUGUAGUGCAAAGUGAUGAGUAUUGGCGGUGCUACAUCAAAUAUUUAUCCAGAGCAACCCAUCAUCUAACAGGUACAGUGAAAAUGGCACCCGAGACGGAUGAGACAAGUUGUGUGAAUCCACGUUUGCGGCUGAGCGAUUGUGGUAACGUGCGUGUUGCCGAUGCCAGCAUUAUGCCACAGGUGCCCAGUGCUAAUACAAAUGCGGCUACAAUUAUGAUUGCGGAAAAAGCAGUCGAUUUUAUACGAGAAGAUUGGCUGGAAAUGGAUGAUGACGGUGACGAUGAGGAAGAGUGGCAUUUCUGA